UAGGUCUGGCCAGCUGCGACAACUUUUCGGUUUCCUCGGAGAGACGUCAAGAGAAAAACACAGUGGACAGUUGCAGUAUGGAGAAAGGUUGCUAACGUUAGCUAGCAAGUAGGCAAUGUUUACAAACUACGAAGCAGGACAUUGGCUGGACAAAUGCCUCUAUUCGUUGAAACCAUAGGAACCUAACUUAUAAGUGCAGCAGUCAUGGACAUGCUCAGUAAACUGACGAAUUUGUUUCAACAGGCGUUGGAAACAAGGGAGCCUUUAGUGAAUUUACUGGACUCCUUUGUUGACCACUGGAAGGGGAUUACAAAUUACUACAUCGAAACUACAGAUGAAUACCGUCCAGUCAAGCAAACAGACAUCCCUUGGAGGUUGAAGCAGAUGCUGGAUAUCUUGGUCUAUGAGGAGCAGCAGCAGCAAGUUGAGGACACUGGCCCGUGUUUGGAGUAUCUGCUGCAGCACAAGCUACUGGAGACGCUCUGUACCUUGGGCAAAGCACAGUACCCUCCGGGCAUGAGUCGGCAGGUGCUGCUCUUCUUCUCCAAAUUCCUCACCCUGAUCCAGAAGCCUCUGCUCCACAUCAUUAACGUCUACCGGCCAGUUCAGAAGCUGAUCCGUCUCUGUGGACUACCAAAUGCACAGACAGAGAAGGAGGAGGCCCUUUUCUUGUUUACGGUUUGCUCCAGAGUGAACAAAGACCCAUAUGUGCUCAACUACAUCUUAGAGGUAAAUACAGCCCCCACGUCCAAGUCCAGCUCCAGCUCUUCCUCUGAUGAGCCUGCUGCUGCUGCAGGGGUGGGAUUCAAUGAGGGAUCCCCUAUGACCCCUGACCUCUCUGGCCCUCAAGCCACCUCUGGGCUAAUCCAAGUCCUCCUGCACCUCAGUCAAAGCCAGUCUCCCUCUCCGCAGAGCCGUGUCAGGCAGAGGGCUCUGGAGAGUGUGCGGCUGCUGGCUGCCCUGCCUGGGGAGGACAGUGGGGCUCUGCUGGCUGCUGGCUCCCCCCUGUGUGAGCUGCUGGCUCAGAGGCUCUGUGAGCUCUACUCCCUUAUCCCCUCCACACUGGACCCCGCGGACGUGCAGGGCUCUCCUCUCACACAGUGGAGGGAGCAGUUCACCCAGACUAGUGAGGAAGAGAGGCCGUCUUUCCCUGGCAGUGACCACCUGACUGUCUUCCUCUGCUGGCUGGACUACUGCCAGGAGCUUCUCACCCAUGCACCAAAGACUCUAUCCGUGAAGUUGGCCAAAGAGAUUCACCGUCAGUGGCUUUCAGGACUCCUGCAGCCUCAGCUACUACAGAUGUCCGAGGCAGGGAUCCUGCUGCACACAGCCCUGCUCUCCUGUUCUGUGCGGCACACACACUCUGCUCCACUGCUAGCGGAGCUGGUACCAUUCUUGCUGGGCAGUGCCACACACCCAGAGCGGCCCGCAGAAACAAACACGGACACACACGCCACCCUGCGCUACAAGCUCAUCCAGCACUGUGACCACAUAUCAGAUGAGAUCAGUAUAGCAACGCUGCGUUUGUUUGAGGAGCUCCUGCAGAAACCCGACCGGAGCAUUCUGGGGAAUUUGAUGCUGCGGAACCUUGCCCAGCAUGGCUACGCCACACCCACUGCAGCCGGCUGCACUGGAGAUGAGCGACACGUAGCCGGUGUGGACGCACUGGAUGAGUCUGAUGAGCUUGAGGAGGAUCCCUUCUUCUCAGACAGUGAGUUUGGCGCCGAUGAGCCUCUGCUCAGUCUGCCCAAGCGGCAGGAGGAGCCCCAUCCCUCCACACACACACAGGUGUCCGAGACCGUCAACAGUUUCCUGUGUUUGGUUCCCCAAGAGGCCAAGUCCUCUCAUCAAGUACAGGGAGCCGGAUAUGACACAUACGUCCAUGAUGCACACAAGAUGUUCAAAGACUACACAGCAUUGUCUCUGGACUUUGGCUGGCCAGCCACUGCCACAGACGGCCCCUCGCCCGGUUCAGAGUUCUACGAGGGACACUUCCUCCAAGUGCUGUUUGACAGAAUCGCCAGAAUACUUGAACAGCCCUAUGAGCUGAAUCUGCAGGUGACCUCAGUGUUGUCCAAGUUAGCCGCGUUUCCCCAUCCUCACCUUCAUGAGUACCUGCUGGAUCCCUACAUCAGCCUGACCCCAGGAGCACGCUCCCUCUUCUCCACUCUGGUCAGGGUAAUUGGGGAGCUGAUGCAGAGGAUCCAGCACAUCCCUGAAUUCACAGAAAAACUGGUCCACGUGAGGAGACAGCUGAUGGGCCUUGAGGACGAGAGCAUGAUGGACCACGUGGUGCUGCUGAGGGGCGUGAUUGUUCUGGAGGAGUUCUGUAAGGAGCUGGCAGCCAUCGCUUUUGUCAAACUUCCCAUGGAAGAGCAGUGAUGGUACUGUGGGAUGUGCUAGCCAGAGGGACUCCAUGGGAUUUCACAAACCCACAGGAUCUCGCAGGAUCCAGAGAAGACAUGUAGAUUUCUGUGCCUUGAAGACUGGACGGCUGUUUUUGUGCUUUGAUGAAAGAGAAGUCAAAGAAUUAACUUUGCCAGACCUGCUAUGACCUGUCUACUUUCAAGGACAGUGGCACAUGUUUUGGGUAACCUGACCUUUCACAUCACAUUGCACAGCUUUUAAGACUGCACAGAUCAAUAGUACUGCUUUCACCUUCCAAAAGGCAGACAUACAGUGAGUGUUUAGCUUCCAUGACCUGCUUUCACAGGUGACUGAACACAUCCCGCCCAGAAUUUGAAGCAAGAGGAUUGUCCUUUCCCUUGUGCUCUGCUUUUGUAGAUAACAUACCAGUACCUACACAAACAUCCCUCAGGGUUGCUCUCGAGUGACUAAGCCAUCGAACACUACAUUUUUGACACUCACUUGUCAGUUAUGUAUGCAUAUUAUUUCAAUAUGUGUUUAAGUAUCUGUGUAAAUGCCUAUUUAUCUUAAACUAUCAAUUAUUUUAUCUGUUUUAAUAAUUUAUACCUUAGGUCUUCUAAUCAAAUGCGUGUCUUGCACCUAUGAGUUAAAAGUGCACUCAUCUUUAGCUGCACACAUGACGACCCGAUUGUCUAAUAAUGUAUUGUAAAGUGGAGCUUUGGACAUUGUGUGUCUUCUUUUUCUAAGGACAUGCCACUCUCUGUGGUUUGUUAUGUACGAGAUGGUGACUGUUUAGCCUUCGCUCUUUCUACUGUGUCGAGACAUUAAACUCCUGGAGAAGGAGAUUUGAUGAGA